AUGAUAUUAAACAAUGGACGUAUCUAUGUGGACUCGGAUUACGGCCAUUCAGCUGCCACAUGUCAACACAGUGCAAAAUGUUUUAAAUGUGGACAAGAGCAUGCGUACGGUAAAAAUUGUAGGAAUCAAAUAAGAUGUGGAAAUUGUGUGGAAGCACGUAUGACCGGGGCUCCUGAAUGUCAGUACAAAGUGUCUUAUCGAAAACAUUGUCUACAACAGCAACAAAACCAAGCAGUUAUACCUAAUUCCAAUUCGUGGUUUCCAUCAAUAGCUAAAAUGUGUUCAACAAUAAUCGAGGCCACAACAUCAGUUCAAAAUAACACAGUCCUGAUGAAGAAAUCACCAAUAACAAGUUCAGCACGACAGUUCAAUCAACAGCAGACAGACCCAACAGCAUCAUUAGCUGCUAUUAUUCAAAAAGCAAUAAAAGAUUCUCAAGCAAUAAUUUUGAAUAAAAUGAAUGAAUUAGAGCUCAAAUGUGUGAUCGGUAGCAAUGAACAGCUUAAUAUGAAAAAACAACUUGAACAAAACAUUGUUCCGCAGAUGAAUGUGCUGACUGGUCUAAUCUCUUCUCUCUGCAGUAAACUGGGUCAAACUGGCAUCAUUAAACACGAUGAAAAGCGAAAUCAAAAGGGAGAUCACUUAGCAAAGCGGCUCUAUGAUCAUGACAACAUGAAAGUAUUUAAUGACAACAGACCAACAUCCAGAUAUUCUAAUGCUAUUAUUGAUCUAUGUAUUAGUCGAGUGGACAUAUCAUUAGAGAAAGCUAAACCUAAUCACCGGAUUAUAAUCAAUGACCACUAUCCAGUGUUCUGGACGAUCACAUCUAUUACAUUAAAUCGACAUGAAAAUUACUUUAUGAGAAAAACUGAUUGGCAAUUACUUAAUGUUUCACUACAAAAAUUUCAACCGUAUUGGCAUGAUCAACUUAACUUAAUGGAAAAUACGCCGGAUGCAGCACUUCUGUUAUAUGAAAAAUUUCUCGUGGCUUUACAAGAGCGAUGCACAUCGUGUCAUUUGGCUAACAAAUACCGUCCAUCUCUACCUCAAUACUUCGUCGGUGUUUUGAAGCAUAGAAAAGAGAUUUUUCAAUGUUAUUGUCAUUUAAAAACAGAUGAUCUAAAGGAUCUAUUAAAACAAAUUAAUCAUUUUAUUAAAUCCGAAUUUAGAGCUACCAAACGUGCAACAUCGCAAAAAUUUUGUGGUACUCUCGAACCGAACAAAACAGAACAAUUCUGGCGAAGAACAAAAACUAUAUUUAAAACAAAAACUUCACUAACUCAAGGAUUUAUUCGAGCAGACAACUUGAUCAUCACGGAUACGAAUCAGAUGACUGACCAUGCAUAUAACUAA